AUGCAAAUUAUCAACGAGGUAGACAGCCAUAUGAUAGAAAACAUGAACUAUGAUGAUGAGAGCGAGAAGGCCGUGCUCCCAUUUGAGGGCAUCGACAAGACUUCCACACUUCAGCUCUGUCGCGUGUUCAACGCAAUGCCACUAGACAUCGGGGCGUGCGAGGAGGCGGUGACCCAGAUGUUGUAUUUGAUUUAUACCGGAACCACACUCACCGAGGACGAGGCAACGGACCUUUUUUUUCUUGCAACACGGCUCUUUCAGUCUGACCACCCGACACUUCGCCGUCUCCAUUACGUGUUGAUGAAAGAGCUCAGCCCACUCGUGGAGCGGAGUUAUAUCGCCUCAAAUUCCAUCAUGCUUGACGUCAAGAACAGUAGCGGGGGCGCAAAGAGCAAUGCCCUUCGCACCUUGUACGCUGUGAUGGAUCACGAUAUGUAUCCCAGCAUGGAGCGCACCAUUCUCGAAUGCAUCACCUCACAAGCCCCUGUGGUCGUUAUGGCGGCACUCGUGACGGGCAUCCACAUCUCAAGCUGCAAUCCAGAAAUGCCUAGGAAAUGGGCCACCCAGCUGAUGGAGGUGAUGAAAGGCCGCACGAAGGCGCAGUACCCCUGCAUCGCGCUCCAGCACAAGCUGCGCAGGGGUGACAAACUCUCGGUCGGGCGUCUGGUGGAUCAAGUCAAGAGCGGGCAGAUCCAAUCCCCGUUCGCGAUCUGCUCGGUGAUCAAGAUGUGCGUCGAACUCGCCAGCGAGGACUUUGACAACGCCGUCCCUGAUAUCUACAACUUUUUUAAGGGUAUUCUGCAGAGCAGCAGCAAUGACAUGCUCGUCUUCGAGGCCUCCAAGGCGAUAUGCUCCAUAUCCAAUCUCACAAGCAAGUCCCUUGCGCCGGUUGUGAUGGUGCUACAACUCUACCUCAGCUCACAGAUUCCUAUUAUGCGCUUUGCGGCUAUACGCCAACUCAACGCUAUUGCCAUACGAUUCCCUGAGGUGGUGACACCUAUGAACAGUGAGAUUGAGGUCCUGAUGCUGGACCCCAACCGUAUCAUAGCCACUUUAGCUAUCACUUCGCUACUCAAGACGGGAACCGAAGAAACUGUGGAUCACCUCGUCGAAAAGCUCUCGCCGCAAGAUUAUAUUAAUGAACUAGGGGAUGAGUUCGCGAUUGUCAUUGUCGACGCCAUGCGAAUUCUUAACAAGAAGUAUCCUAGCAAGUACAUGUUGUUUCUGUCCUUCCUCUUAAAAUUCUUGGUCAGUGAUGGCAGCAAGGAACUGAAGGAUAAAGUCCUCAAUAGCAUGAUAGAAGUUGCAAUGGUCAACCCUGAAGCGAAGGACCCUGUGAUGAAGCACUUAGUCGAGUUUAUUGAUGACUGUGAGUACGCCAACUUCACGAAGCGCGUCUUGACCUACCUGGGGAACGAGAUCCCGAGUUCAAAGAAUCCCAGCAAGUUCGUGAGGUACAUUUGCAAUCACAUCACCCUUGAUGCCCCCGAUAUCCGAAUUGUGGCGGUAAGCACACUAGCAAAGAUCGGUGCCUGUGUCCCAUCCCUGCGGUCCUCCAUCCUCGCCCAGCUUCGAAAGCUGUCAGACGACUCCGAUGACGAAGUGCGCGACCGUGCGAUGCUCUACAGCAAACUCUUUACCCUGAACGACGCGGCGAUUAUUAAUACCUGCAUCACCGACAUCGCCAACGCGGUCGCGGCGAGUGGAAGGGAUCGGCAGCUGUUGAACGGGCUCGCCAUGCAGCCGUCGAACGAGAAGGGGGGUGAGAAGUCCUUGGGGUUGAGCGGCCCGAUGCUGAUGGCCGACGCCGCGUCAGGGGUACCCCCGGAGGACACGAAAGGGGCCCCCCACGGCGAUGCCUCCACGGGGUGCACCCUGGCUGCCAUUGUCCGGGGCCGUGAUGAGCUUCGGCGGGUCAAACGGCUCCGAGACCUCGGGGAGCCCGUCCAGAGCACGGAGCCGGUCACCCUCACAGACCCCGACAACGAGUACGUCGUGACGGCGAUGAAGCACGUGUACACGGGGCACCUGGUGCUUCAGUUCGCGAUUGCGAACACCAUGGAGGAAAUGUCCUUCACCAAGGUGAACGUCUGCGCGGACACCGCCGAUCUCGAGGAGGCCGAGCAGCUCUACUCCAUCCCGGUGGAGGAGAUAAGGCCCGGGGAGACGCGGUACAGCUACAUCGUCCUGGAGUACGCCCCACAGAACUUCCCCAGUGGUCAUGUGGACUGUGUGUUGCAAUUCGCGAUAGUGGAAGACUCCGUGGAUGACGACACCAGCCCGGAUGAAUACAACAUCGAGGGCUUUGAUGUUCUCUUGAAGGAUUUCGUCCUGCCCGCGACGGAGAUAAACUCGGAAAACGAUAUGGAGGAUGCAUGGAAACGCGAGGAGGGCAAUGAGACGGCACAGACGUACGCCAUUCCCAGCGCGCAAAACCUUUCCGAAGCUGCGCAAAUGUUUGCAGAAUUUUACGGCAUGCACCUCAUAGGUGAGGUGCCGGAGCGGAUUAAGAGCAACUUCCAUAUUAUGCUCAUGGCAGGUCGGGUUGUGGACGAACAGCGGACGUUACUACUCGUGCGCAUGCGGGUUUUCGUAACCUCUGAAAUGAAGAUCGCGCUCCAGCUCGCGCUCCGCGGUGGUGAUGAGGAGCUGCGGCAAUACUUUACCGAUGCCCUUCUUGCAUAA